AUGAGGAUCCGUCUGGCGAGAAGAUGGACGUGGGUCCGCAAAAGCUGCGUGUUUCUCGGCUUCUUGAUGAUCGCUUACUUUGUGGUCGAGCUGUCGGUUUCUUCCUUCGGUGCCUCCCUCGCCGGGGAGAGCAUCACCAAAGGGAAAUGGGAGAGGCGCUUUUCUGACAGAGCAGAAGAGGCAGUGGAUUUGGCUCGUCCAGUUUAUGACAAAUCCCCGCCUGAUCCUUAUGCCCCAGGAGAAUGGGGUAAGCCCUCUCGCCUGCAGCUGAGUCCUGAGGAAAAGAAACAGGAAGAAGAACUGAUUGAGAAGUAUGCGAUUAAUAUCUAUUUGAGUGAUAAAAUCUCUCUCCACCGGCACAUUGAAGAUAAUCGACUGAGUGGCUGUAAAACCAAAUCUUACAAUUACAGAAGACUGCCCACAACAUCUGUUAUAAUCGCUUUUUACAAUGAAGCCUGGUCAACGUUGCUGCGGACGAUACAUAGUGUUCUUGAAACAUCGCCUUCAGUGCUUCUAAAAGAAAUUAUACUGGUUGAUGACUUGAGUGAUACUGGUGAUGUCCUCACGUUUCUAGACUGCCACUGUGAAUGCGUCUCCGGCUGGCUGGAACCACUGCUCGAGAGGAUUGCUGAGAACGAGACUGUUAUUGUUUGUCCUGUCAUUGACACCAUUGACUGGAAAACAUUUGAAUACUACAUGCAAACAGCAGAGCCCAUGAUUGGGGGGUUUGACUGGCGGCUGACAUUCCAGUGGCACUCAGUGCCUAAACAUGAACGUCUCAGGCGCAAAUCUGAAACCGACCCAAUCAGAUCCCCAACUAUGGCUGGUGGCUUGUUUGCUGUAAGCAAGAAGUAUUUUGAGUACCUGGGCACCUAUGAUACAGGAAUGGAUGUUUGGGGAGGGGAAAACUUAGAACUGUCAUUUAGGGUUUGGCAGUGUGGAGGCAUGUUGGAAAUUCAUCCGUGCUCCCAUGUAGGCCAUGUGUUUCCAAAGCGUGCACCGUAUGCUAGACCGAACUUCCUUCAGAACACAGCACGUGCUGCUGAGGUGUGGAUGGAUGAGUACAAAGAGCACUUCUACAACAGAAAUCCUUCAGCAAGAAAAGAAAACUAUGGAGAUAUUUCUGAAAGAAAGAUACUAAGAGAGCGUUUGAAAUGCAAGAGUUUUAACUGGUAUUUAAAAAACGUAUUUGCCGAGUUGCAUGUACCAGAAGACCGUCCUGGCUGGCAUGGUGCUAUCCGCAGUGCAGGAAUAGCUUCAGAAUGCCUUGACUAUGUCUUACCAGAACAUCAUCCUACUGGGGCUCACCUUUCUCUCUUCGGAUGUCAUGGUCAGGGAGGCAAUCAAUUUUUUGAAUACACAUCAAAUAAGGAGAUUAGAUUUAACUCUGUAACUGAGCUAUGUGCUGAAGUCCCUGAGCAUGAAGACUUCAUAGGUAUGAGGAGCUGCCCAAAAGAUGGAUCUCCUAUCCCAGAAAUUAUUAUAUGGCAUUUCAAAGAAGAUGGGACUAUUUAUCAUCCUCAUUCGGGGAAGUGCCUUACUGCUUAUCGUACAAGUGUGGGGCAUGCUGAUGUGGAAAUGAGAACUUGUAAUGCUGCAGAUAAAAAUCAGAUUUGGAAGUUUGAGAAAUAAUUGCUG